AUGUGUCCAUCGAUUCAUUCAUUUAUUAUUGAAUUUCAACUAUCGAUGAUGGUUCCGAAAUAUAUUCUAUAUCUAAUCUCUUUACUAUUCUGUCUUGCAAAUAUACAUGCAUUUAUACCACAUCCUUUACUUGCAUACGGUGCAUUGACUAGUAAUAGUAUUACACAUACAGAAAUUACACAACUUGGUUUUAUUCGUAGUCUUGGUCGUUUCUUUUAUGAUAUGCGUAUGAAUUCAAAUAAUACGAAUUCCAGUGCGAUAGAAGAGGAUGACUUUUUAACAAAUGAACAUACAAUUGAUGAUCUUUAUGAAUUUGCAUAUCCAGAAUAUAAUACAUUAGAAAUCGAAUAUUAUUCACUUCCAUUAAAAUUUAUUCUUGAUACUAUUUUAACAAACAAUGUUUUAGUGGAUUUUCAUUCAAAUACAAAAAAAUUAUCAGCUGCACAUUGUGAUAGUGAAGCUUUUAGUAAUUGUAGUCGACGUGUUAUUCAACUUAAACAAAAAAUUGUGAAUAAUACACGUACAAAGUAUAACGAUUUCACGGAAACACGAGAAUUACUUGGACAAUUAAUUCAUACAGUACAAGAUUUUUAUUCUCAUUCGAAUUGGGUUGAAAUGGGCAAAACAGAUAUUAAUACUCUCAUGGGAUAUAAUGAAACAAUUGGUACAGUUGCUGCACCUGAUCAAGCAACAUGUACAAGUUCUGGUUGUAAAAAAAUAGAAAAAACUUGUACUGUUUGGCAACAAAUUACUUUAAAUAUGUGUCCACUUGUUUAUUAUGAUUGUCAAAAUAAUAUUCUACCAGAGAUUAAUGAACAACAAAUAUUAACAAGUGGAUAUUUACUUAAUCAAUAUUAUGAAAAUAAUGAUAUAUUAAGUAAACCAACUAAUGUUAGUAAAUGUUCUCAUGGAUCAGUUUCUGAUGCAUCAUCACAUUUACCAGCUAUUGGUGGUAUUAAUAAAGAUGCAGAAAGUUUAAUAUAUUCACCUCAUUCGAAUCUACAUAAAAAUGCUGUUGAUUUAGCUAUAAAAGCAACUGAACGAGUUUUUAAUGAUCUACGACAAGAUAUAGGUGAUUACAAUUUUGAUCUUCUUUUUGCAAUUAGUCCAAAUGGACCGCAGGUUCAAAAUGAAACGGAUUCGUUUUCUCAAGGAAAACGUUUUCGAUUUUUUACACCGGGUCUUGCCACUUCUGUGGAAGAAGAUUAUCGAUUGUUGAGACAAUUGAAAAAAUCAUUUAGAAAAGCUUAUAAAUUUACCAAAUCUAUAUUUACUGGUCGAUAUUUUCGAGAUAAAACAACUAAUCAACCAACUUAUGAUUUAAGUGAUCAAGGAGUAAAUGUUAAAGAUAUUAAUAAUUUUCGUUCAGCACCAUAUCUUAUUGGAAAAGAAGAAGUUAGACGUAAGAAACGAAUGAUAAAUGUCUUACGUUCACGUCGACAUUUAUAA